AUGAGCUGUGCCUUGCGAGCUUUGAAGAAAGCUAAAGCCCUCAUCAGGGAAGUGACUUCUUUGGGUGUCAUCAGUUUUAUGGCAAGAGUAGCUGGUAAAGUUCCCUUAGAUAAGGACCCCGAUAAGAAGAAGCAAGAUGAUGGUAAAAGUGUUCAGAACAUGAGAGAAACCAGCAGUAAUGAUAAGAAAAUGAAAGAAUCCAUUCUGCCGAGCCAGGACAGUCCCAGUGAAGAUUGUCAGAGUGUGGUGAAGGACCCAGAGGUUAUUCAGAGUGUGGUGAAGGACCCAGAGGUUAGCCAGAAGGUGGGGAAGGACCCAGAGGUUAGCCAGAAUGUGGGGAAGGACCCAGAGGUUAGCCAGAAUCAGCCACAGUCAGGUAGUACCGACACUGGAUCAGAUAAAAAAGACCAUACUUUAGGUAGUGAGAGCAACAAAAGUCAAAAUGUUUCAGAAAAAAAGCACACUGGGAAAGAGUUGUGUAAACUUAAGGAAGCACUCACUUUAGAUUCCCCAGUUUCAGAAACCAGCACUGUUGAUGUAGAGCCAAGUGUCAUGGAGGAAAACCCUCAUAAAUCUGAGACUGAUUGUGGUCUGAAAAUUGUGGCUUCAUUUUCACUGCACAACAUGGAGCAUCAUGAAUCUGAUGCAGAGAAAAGAAAGACCAUCCUUGAGGAAGUCAUCCAGCCAAACUUCUUCUUGUCUACACCCGUUGAAAAAGAACAAAUUUUGUCCUUUCUGGGCCCUGACAGGCCUGUUUUCAAAUCAAGUGAUAAUAGCUGUACUGCCAUGCUCCCACCUCCCCCAUUACAGCCAUCCCCGUUCCAUUUACCUGUCAGCACACACCAGGCAGCUGGUUCAGGGUUGAAAUCAGCUGUAAAAAAUUCAAAUUUCUUUGUUUGUGGAUUUAAUUGCUUGUUCAGCAGCUUGGGCACAAAUGAUUUCCUAGAGCAUACAAUGAACAUUCACUCCACUGAGACUUAUUUCCCUUGCUUCUACUGUGGCCAUCGCAGCCCCAAUGAAGCGGAUCUCGUCAGACACAUCUCCAACCACACCCAUACACACAGCAGCUCCCUAUCUUUGUAUGUUUGUGGAAACUCUGGAUGCAGAUUUGGAACCAACAUGAUGGGGGAUUACAUCACCCACAUCAAGACUUCACAUUCGGAUAUUCUUGAGCCGAUGUGUUACUCUUGUGGGGACACUUUUUCUGAGGCUUCGAUGCUUCAGGCUCACGUUGAAGACAAUGUCAUCCACAUUGUCAAUUGUCCACAUUGUUCUUCAAAAGCAACGGACAGAAAAACUAUUCUGACCCACAUUUCUUCAGCUCACCCAGGUAAACCCAAAAUGGUUUCUGUUGCAAAACAACUGAUAUGUUAUGAUAGGAAAAUUAACAAUUACCAGCAAAUAGUGCAUCUUCGAGAAAUGCUGCCUCCUGCCUUAACUCCUGCACCAUUUGCAACUGGGGCAUCAGUGAGUGACCAAAUGUUGAAAAGCCAUGAACUGCCAGGGGAGAAGAUCACUGGAAGGCUUUUGCCUGAUGUGAACACAUUAGUGUCAAGUCUUAGCCCCAGGGAUGUCCAGAUGUCAGCAUCCGAGGAGAUGCCGCUCGUUGACAGACUCAAGGCAGCCACACCAGAAAGUGGGAAGAGUCCAGCAUCCGAGUCUUCAGAUUUUGAGACCAUGAGGGUGAAGGAAGAAGUUAAUGAAGAAGCUGAAGAGUCUGGGGAUGGAGCUGGGGAAGAUUCCAGAAGUGCCUAUAUUGUAGAUGAAAAUGGAAUCCGAAGGAGGUUAUAUGUGCCAAUGAGUGAAAGAAAGGCAGAAAAUUAUAGAUGUAAGCAUUGCACAUUCAUCGCUAGAGAUUCAAAGAGAAUGCACUGUCAUGAAAAAUCACAUGGAAUGCCUCCUACAAAAAAGGAGAGAUUUAAGUGCAUGUUUUGUCCGCAGGGUUUUGACAGCGAGUUGAAGUUUCGACUGCACAUCACAUGCCAUCCGGGUCUCAUUAAAUUUCUGUUGUAUCGCUGUAAGAAAUGUGAGUUUGAUAGUAAUCAGAAGCAUAUCAUAGUCAGACAUAUAACUUGCAAUAGGGACCGCAAACACAGAGGAUUUGGGCCUCUGGAGGAUCAGUACACUGUAGUGUCCAGAUCACUGGAAUCACGAGUGCUGGAGUGUGAAAGGUGUGACUAUAUGACCAGACAUAAAAUUCACAUGACCAUCCACUACCAGAGAAUGCACAACAUCCUCAAAGACAAGGCUGACUUCACUAUUGAAAACCUGAUGCCAACAGACACACCUGUUGCAUCACCAGCUCCAUCUCACGGAGCUCCCUCACCAUCUUCAUCAUCGUCAUCUUUGUUCAAGAAUUUGUCCUCUCCAGGAAGCUUUCCCGGGGAUUCGUUUGAUUUUACUAAGCCAUCAGCAAGUGCCAAAAAUUCCAAGUCUAAGAGCUCUUCGGACAGUCCUGUUUUCACACCAGCCCAGAUUGUAGAAAGGAAUGAAAUCUUCAACAGAAUGGUGUCCCAACAGGCAGCUCUUCAGUCGGGGCACAUAAUGGAGAAUCAGAUGAGAAAGUUCAAAUGCCCCAUCUGUAAAUAUCUCCUGCCGAAAGCAGCAGACCUGAAGAAUCACGUGAAAAGACAUUCGGAGAUUGGUCAGAUAACUUUGGUUAUGUUCAGGUGUAGGUACUGUAGCUGCAUGUCCACAGCAAGAGAGCUUCUGUACGAGCAUCUGGUUGACAAACAUCCAGGAAAAUCCAUCGCGCUGGUGAAAAAAAUUGUGGUCAUUGACACUGCAGAUGUGGACAAGUCUUUUGCUGAGACAUCGGUGGAGGAGUCACUGGAUCAGCUUGAGGAGUCACUUCAGAAGGAAAUGAUGUCAACGUUGAAUUCUGGGUCACCUGUUGCUGCAAAUGGAUUGUCAUCAUCUUACGAGCAGAUCUUUGUUUUACCUGAAGGGGAAGAAACUUUUACAAUAUCUUUGCAGUGUCCUAGGUGCAGUUACAGUUCUUACGUAAGAAGUGACAUUGUAGAUCAUAUUAAAUCUUUACAUCCAGAGGUCCAGGUGAUUGGGGGUGAUGAAGACAUUGACAACUUUGCCAGAGCAAGUGAAGGCCUGCCGCAGAAGUCAAAAACACAUAGGUCUAGACUUGAUAGUCAGGAGGAUGUUUUGAUUCUUCCUGAUGACCAGGUUUUUAAUGAACCUACUUUAUGUUCGAGGUGUGACUUUGCCACAAUGUUUAGAAAGGAUAUGGUGGAUCACCUACAGCAGAACCAUCCAGAAAUUUCUGUUAUGGGCCACAAGUCCUAUCCUGUUCAAGCUUCAGCAAUAGAACAGUCUGAGGAGCCAACAGAUGAGAGCUGUGUUGUUGGCAGUGCCAGCUUGGAUGCAAAACUUCGUUGUUUAUACGAGAAUUAUGGGACCCAGAUGAAGUGUUUGAUCUGUGGGACUGAACGCCCAAAGAAGUUCUUCAUUCAUGUUCAUAUCUUGCGGCAUUUGAACAUUUAUUUAUGGAAGUGUACGUUCUGUCCUCACCGAGGCCUACAAAAAUAUAAGAUGAUAGAUCAUAUAAAGAAAAUCCAUCCUGGCAAACCACUGAGUGUUCGAUACCUUAGAGUCGAUGUUGAAGACAAAGUUUCUCUCUUCCUGUCCCAGUUCAACGUCAUUAAAAAUCGUAAAGCCAGCCUUGAUGAAGGCAGCUAUGUUCCCUUUGCAUCUGAUGAACUGAGCGAUCAAGCGAGCAGCGAUAGUAGCAGGUCUAGACAGAGAUCCCCUGGUCCUGGAAAUGACAGUAGCUGUGCUCACUCGCUGGGAAGUGAGGAGUUGGAUGCCAAGAUCUCAUGUAUGUAUGACAACUUUAAUGAUGUGCAGUUCAAGUGCCGAGUCUGCCCCUCUCAGUUUCGGAGGAAGUUUGCCAUGCAUCGACAUAUCAUCAUUUCACAUCUGAAGGUGGCGCUACUUUCUUGUGCUUAUUGUGGCAUGGAAGGUGUGGAGAGGCACCAGCUGGUAGACCAUAUUUUGACCUGUCACAAACCAGCGCCCAUCAGCAUUCUUAACCUUGACAUUGACCUUUACAAGAUGGCUUCUGACUUCCUUGCCAAAAUGGCUGCCAAAGCUCAAAAUGGGUCAUAUGAUACGAGCUAUUCUGGAAUCAGUGAAGGCAGCAGUCCUUUAUUUUCUAAUUCAGACAUGGGAGAAGAGGGAGAUUACAAUCAGAACUCUUCCUUCAAUCCUAAUACCAAAUUGAAAUUUGGCUCCAUGAAGUACAACAAGUUUAUGAAACCACCAACUUUCAGAUUUGGGAAUAAAGUCCCAGGCACCAGCAAUCUGAAGACCAACAGGAAGGUGGAUCCAGACGUUGUCAUGCUUGGACGGCACGCCCUGGACAAAAAGCUAAGCUGUUUGUAUCAGGAACGUCCUACAGGUCAACUGAGGUGUCUGGUAUGCAGGUGGGAGUUCCCAAGGAAAUAUCCCCUGCACAGGCACAUCAUGCUGAAGCAUCUAAAGCUGAGCCUUGUGGGAUGUCCUUACUGCCCUUUUGAAGGAAUCGAGAAGUAUAAUGUGACAACACACGUGAGGGAGGAGCAUAAGGACAAGCCAAUCAACAUCAAGUUUACACAGCCUGAUGUUGAAACCAGAGUCCGGCAGUUUGUAGACAACAUGGCCAACAUUGGCGGUACAGGCCAUGAAGAUUUGAUUCAGAAGCCACAGUCCAAGAGGCAGUUAAUGCAGGCUGCUUCCAAACUAGUGAAACAGAGUGAUGAUGAAAUGGAUAAUAAUGACGAUAAUGACGAUGAUGAAGAUGAAAAUGAGGAGAAAAAUGGAGGUAGACAAAGGACUCCUCAUGGUGGUUUAGUAGUUGCAAUGUUUGGGAAAAAGAAACAGAGCUGUGAUAAAGAUAUUAUCGUCAAGACAGAGGUAGAUGAGGAACAGAUGGAAGAAGGAAGUGCCUUACAAACAAAUAAUGAAGAGUUCAAUGACUAUAAGAGAGAAGAAGAAUUAGUGGACGAUAAGACCAGCUUUGAAUUUUUGGAUUCAGACUCGUGCCCAGUGAAAUAUUCUCCGGGGAGUUCAUACGUCCCAGGAUUCUAUCGGUCACCUGCAGGGGGUAAGGCUAAAGCUUUGGAUGUCAUUACAAAAAUUAAAGUUUUAAAGUCAAAAGAAGGUCCUAUAAUGAAGUACUACUGUGAAAAAUGUAAGUUCACUUCUUUACACCGAUCCAACAUUGUUCGACACAUUUACAAGAUUCAUGAGAAGUACCAGACGCACACUUGCCCGACGUGUCACUACCAGACUCUGAGCCCCAUGCUGAUGGAGAGACAUCUGGAAAAAGCUCAUCAAGACGAUCGGACUAAAGAGGAUUCUCAUGCCCAGAAGUCUUUCAGCAAAUCCUUCAUGGGAAUGCCCAUUGUCAAAAGGAAGAAGAAAAGCACCCCCAUCAAGCGGCCAGAGGUUAAAACUGAAGACAGUAAUAGUUAUACAGGACCUAAACAUUAUGCCUGCGCUUAUUGCUACUACGAAACCAACACGCAAGCAGAUAUUUUACAACACACCAGAGAUAACCAUUCCCAGGGGGAUUCAAGCACUGCGGAAUCCAAAUCUUCCCCAGCAGUAGAAACCAGCACAGCCAAGUCUGAAGAUGCUUCUUCUGCGUGCUGGGAUGGAAGUAAGAAAGCUGUAAAAAGAAAAUGGCAAGAUGAGGAGGAGGGUGUCUAUAAGCGAAAGAGGAGAUUUAUCUUUGAGAAGGGCAAUGAAUUGAUCCAGUGUGGUCAUUGUGAGAUCAAAGAGACUUCGAUGAGCCGCAUGCAGGACCAUAUCACAUGGGACCAUCCAGGGUUAUUGUUCCAGGCCAAACAGAUUCCCGCCUGGCGCUUCUUGUGCAAAUCUUGUUCGGUGAAGACAAUGGCCACCUCUAAAAUGAAGUACCACUUAAACCGUCACAUCAGCUACCGACCCUACACCUGUGUCACUUGUGGUGCUUUCUUUCCAUCGCCAGAUCAGUGCAGGAGGCAUUCCAGGUCACAAGCCCAUGAGGAGCAGUAUACAUAUGUGCGGAAUCCCAAGAAAGAAGCUAAAGUAGAAGAGUUACUGGAAGCCACACGCCAGCUUGCACUGAAGGUACAGGAGGAAGCUGUCAGAAAUCCAGACUUUGAUAUGACCCAGGCUGACAAUUUUAUUUCCAAAUUCCAAGAUUCGAAAAGUAACUUGAAAAAGAAUCUCAAAGGCAGUAAUUCAAAACAGUCCAAAAAGGCAGCAGCAGCAGCUGCUGCUGCAGAUUUUGCACAGAACAAUCAGGCAGCUGCUGGGGAGCCGAAGGCACAGAAGAAACAGCAUGGCAAGUCACCACAAGUCAUCAGCACAGAACAGGAGGUCACAAUCAAGUGUUACUACUGCGAGUACACAUCCAGUAAUGUCAGCAGUGUUAACAUCCAUCAUAAAGAGACACAUCCGGGCAAGAAGUUUCUGUGGACAGAGAUUGAGAGAGGGUUCACCUGUGACAGCACUGGCGAGGCUUUAGUGGAUUGCGACUCUGUGCCUGGGGCAUCCAUGGAUGUUGGAUACACCACACGGAUGACUCUGAGUUCUGGUAGUAAUACAAUGAGAUUUAAGUGCAAGACCUGUGAUUUCUCAUCGUUUGUGAUCCAAGCCAUGAAGUCUCACUUGAAAUCUCAUCAGCCAAAGGGAUUUAUCUGCCCUUACUGUAGCAGAUCUUUUUCAGGAAAGGAGAAAUUGAUGCGGCAUCAGUAUUGCUUACACAAAGGGCAGCCACUCUGGGUGAUUCAUCUCCGUAGAUCCGGAGUAGUGGGAGCUACUUCGGUGAAGAAAGGUAAAGGUGUCAGUGAAGAGGACAGUGCAUCCACGGUGCAAGAAGACACCACACUUGAAGAUGAUGAUGAGGCCAACAGUUCAGAUAAAUUGGCAAGAACAAGCCAGGCAGCACCUACCACCUACGUCUGCAAUGAAUGCUCAUUUUCCUCUGAGAGUCUGUAUCAUUUUCGCCGCCACUUGGCCCAGAAACAUCAAGAAUCCAAACGUAAGGGAGCGGACAACUCUUUUGGUGAAUCAUCACUCAAGUGCAGUUACUGUCCUUUCCUAGCCGAGACAGAAGCCGACUUCGACUCUCACACAGAGACACAUUUGAGCAUUGGUAGUUUUCUGUGUGGUUACUGUGAUUACACUGCCCCUGAUCGAUCAGGUGUGCAGCAACAUUUAGCAACAGAUCAUGGCUCCCUCGAGCCAAAGUUUUCAGAAAUGUCAGCUAGAGAAAGUAAGAGCUGUCUUGACAGAAAAGAACGGCCUUUGCUUCUCAAUUUGAAGCCAAAAGUUGCUGUUGAGAGAAUCCCAGAUUCUGUGUUGACCCAGUAUGGAUAUCAAACUUCAGAAGCUGAUACAUCUUCAGAUAAUGAUGAUAACGAUAAUGAGGAAUCAACCUUAGCCUCUGGGGAUCAAAACAGCCAAAAGCCAGUACUGUUUGAAGAACCCCAGAGUGAAAGCUCUAAUGAUGACAGACUAAUGCCAGCAGAAGAAACCUCCCAGCUCAGUGUUUUGGAUAAUGAAGAAAGUAACAGUAGUCAGAGCAGUAAUCAUUCUGUUAGGGCAAAUGAUCAGGAAGAUAACUUUAUAGCAGAUAAUUUUGACAUUAAUUUAAAUGUGCCGACGGAUUCUGACGAACUGGCCAGGGAACUUGGGCUGGUUGAAGAUGAAACUUCCUGUGUGCUGGGCUCCGAUGCUGAUAUGAUGAUUAUGCAGUUUGGUGGUAUUGUAGAUAAAGGCGAUGAUUUGCCAGAGGAAAACAUUCACAGUGCCACGCUGGAGAGUGAAGAAAGAGAGCACGAUAAAAGUGUUCCAUGCCUGUCGCCAGAUGUUCAGGGCAGUUCUUCUUUCUGCAGCAAAGAUUCCACAUUAUUUGCUGCUCAGGAAAAUGGUGAGGAUGAUGAUGAUGAUGAUAGUGCAGUAACAUUCGAUAAUGACAUCAUGCUAGCGUCACCUCUGCCGAUGAUAUCUCUGGGAGAUGAUGUUUCUGUGUCACCCUUGAAUGUGGAAAGCAAAGUUAAUAACAUCAGUUCACUCAGUUUGGGCAAUUCAGUUGUUGCGAUGGAUGUUGACACUUGCUCAGAGGUUCUGUUAGACAUAUGA